AUGGAACUCACUGUUCAAGGAUACGAACCUCACAUGGGCAUUAACUGUCUGGUUCCGUUCCUCCUCACCAAGCUAUUGCUUCCUAUCCUGAAGAGUACAGCAAAAAUGUCCUCCGGGCCGUCGACAAGAGUCAUCUUUGUGGCCUCGGGCAUGGUGGACAUGUCAGCGCCACCGGGAGGGAUACCGCUGGACGAGCUCAAACCCGGCAAUCAAUCACGAGACCUCUCUCGAAACUACACUAUUUCCAAAACGGGAAACUGGUUUCUAGCAUCUGAGUUUGAUCGUCGAAUGCGAGCAGAUGGAAUUGUCUUUAUUGCUCAGAACCCAGGAAAUCUCAUGACUAACAUUUGGGACCGUGUUCCGUGGUACCUGAAAGCACCCAUCAGAAUUCUGCUGCAUCCGGCCAAGCGUGGUGCAUAUUCGGAGCUCUGGGCCGGUCUGAGCACUGAGAUCAAGCUUGACGAUGGUGGUCGGUAUGGUGUGCCAUGGGGAAAGUGGCAUCCGAGUCCCAGAAAGGAUCUGGUACUAAGCUUGAAGACUCAGGAAGAUGGUGGGACUGGCAUUUCGGCCGCCUUCUGGGACUGGUGUGAUAAAGAAACUGCCAAGUUCAUUAAAGAGUAG